CGCAUUGUUCGUGUUAGAGUGUGCCAUAGUGCCCAGGAUUUAAAACUAACACGAAGAACUGGGAAGUCAUAAACGAAUCGCUCUUGUCUCAUCGCGGAUAUCGAGUGACUUAACUUAUUUUGUUUCCGCUCCUUGUCAAGCUCCUCAGUUUCGCGUAUUUUCAGUGUCAUCUUUUCAAACCGACAAAAUGAGAGAAUGCAUUUCCGUCCAUAUCGGUCAAGCCGGUGUCCAAAUUGGUAACGCCUGUUGGGAGCUGUACUGUCUUGAGCAUGGAAUUCAACCUGAUGGCCAAAUGCCUUCUGAUAAGACCAUCGGUGGGGGCGACGAUAGCUUCAACACAUUCUUCUCCGAGACUGGAGCUGGGAAACAUGUACCCAGAGCUGUGUUCGUCGACUUGGAGCCAACUGUUGUUGAUGAAGUCCGUUCUGGAACAUAUCGUCAACUAUUUCACCCUGAACAACUUAUUACGGGAAAAGAAGAUGCCGCUAAUAAUUAUGCUCGCGGACACUACACCAUUGGAAAGGAAAUUGUCGAUGUAGUUUUGGACAGAUUAAGGAAAUUGGCUGAUCAAUGUACAGGUCUGCAGAUUGUGUCUUCAAUUACCGCGUCCCUGCGUUUCGAUGGAGCCCUCAAUGUGGAUUUAACGGAAUUCCAAACCAACUUAGUACCUUACCCUCGAAUUCACUUUCCUCUGGCCACUUAUGCGCCAGUAAUUUCCGCAGAAAAGGCCUAUCAUGAGCAGUUGACAGUUUCAGAAAUAACCAAUGCUUGUUUCGAGCCUGCUAAUCAGAUGGUCAAAUGUGAUCCGAGACAUGGAAAAUAUAUGGCCUGUUGUAUGCUAUACAGAGGAGAUGUCGUACCAAAAGAUGUUAAUGCGGCUAUUGCUACCAUCAAAACGAAACGUACCAUCCAGUUUGUCGAUUGGUGCCCAACUGGUUUCAAAGUUGGUAUAAAUUAUCAACCACCAACUGUUGUGCCAGGUGGAGAUCUGGCGAAAGUGCAAAGAGCAGUCUGCAUGCUAUCAAAUACCACUGCAAUAGCUGAAGCUUGGGCCAGAUUGGAUCAUAAAUUCGAUCUUAUGUACGCUAAAAGAGCGUUUGUGCAUUGGUAUGUGGGUGAGGGAAUGGAGGAAGGGGAAUUUUCCGAAGCUCGCGAGGAUUUGGCUGCUUUGGAGAAGGACUAUGAAGAGGUCGCGGUUGAUUCUAUUGAUGGUGAGGCUGAUGAAGGAGACGAAUAUUAAAUUCCUAAUCUAUGGGCACAGAUCAGACCUUUACUGAUUUAAUUGCAUUAACGCUUAUUUUGUAUUAGAUUGAUUUCCUACGUUUUUGUUCAUGCUUAUUUACAUUAAGUAUAUUUUUAGAAAUCUAUAAAUUUUGUCAAAUGAGUUUUGCUUMAAAUAUUGCACAUAUGAUAACAAGAUUCGAACACUGUGAUUGCUUUUUAAGUCAAUACAAAAUAUUAYUUCGUAUCCUCAAAUCAUUAAUUCAGUAAAUCAAUWGAGGGACUCUAACAAGGAAAAUUUAAUUUUGGAAAUGGGCUUUGCUGAUCAGGUUUCCUCCCGAAUAUGUCUUCACUUUUAAUAGACACAUAUAAWGGCAAAUAAUAUUCUGGAGCAAUAGCAACUUAUUUUCUUAGAUAUUCGUUAUAGUUCAUAGUUUCCUAGUUAUUUAAUUCUAUGUUUAAUUAGUUUCUUGAAAAUAUUGUUGUUAUUAACUGUUAAGCUAAAAUUUCAUUUACUAAUUACUUGAUUAGUAUUAAUGUUACUAAUGACUGACUGGCAGUUUGCUUUUAGCGUUUUGCUUCACAUAUUUUAAUAGUGCAACAAACUCGCGCACAAAUUGAAGGCCUAUGGAAGCAUAUGAUAGUUAUUACUAUAUUCAGUGCUUUAUUACUGUAAGUCUGAUAAAACAGCAGCAUCAAUAAAUUUUGCAAAUCCUU